GCACAUUGUCAUCCUACCAAACCAAGCAAAACCUUUUUCUCUUCUCAUUUUCGGAUUACAAAUAAAUGUAAGCUUCAGUUCCUUUCCUUCUUCUCCCUUAUAAAUACCCAAAAUUAAACCAGACGUUUAUAGCUCAACAGCUCAGAUAUGGCCUUUUACAGGCCUCAAAGAUCAUUCCAAAGCCUCUUCGCUUUCUUUCUCUUAUUCUUCUCUUCAUCCCUCUUUUUCUUGGUUUUGACUUUUAAACCAAAACACCAUUAUGUUACUAACCCUUCACUAAUCUCUCCUACAAAUGACUGGUUCGAUCUUGUUUCCAGAAAUUUUGAUACCCAGAAACUCAAAAUCGGCUUAGUUAACGUAGAAGAUGAUAUAAAGAUCAUGUAUGAUUCCUACAGAUUAGUUGAGUCAGUUUCUGUAGAUUUUGUGCCUGUUUCUAAAGACAAGAAAUGGGAAGAUUUUUUUCCAGAGUGGAUAGAUGAGUUCCAUAAAUGGGGCAUACCGCGGUGCCCGGAGAUUCCCAUGCCAAGACUGGAAGCUUAUCGUGACUUGGAUGUUAUAGUUGCUAGAGUUCCUUGCGGUGGUGAAGAGAAAUUAGGGAAGAAGAAGGGUAUCAGGGACGUGUUUAGGCUGCAAGUGAAUUUAGUGGCGGCUAAUCUUGUGGUGGAAAAUGGUUGGGAUAAACCUGAUGUUGAACGAACGGUUUAUGUUGUGUUUAUAGGGGAUUGUGGGCCUAUGCAAGAGAUUUUCAGAUGUGAUGAUUUGUUGACUCAUAUUGGUGAAUAUUGGGUGUAUAAGCCUGAAUUAAGGAAAUUGAAGCAGAAGCUGUUAAUGCCCGUUGGUUCAUGCCAGAUUGCUCCUGCUUAUGCAGAGACAGGUAAAGAGCUUUGGAGAAAUUUUAUGUCAGAAUCAACAGUAAUAGGGCAAAACGACACCACAUACCUCCAAAGAAUUGCCUACCAUCAGAAAGUUGCCUACGUAACAGUUCUUCAUUCCUCAGAAGCUUAUGUAUGUGGUGCAAUUGCUUUAGCUCAAAGUAUAAUUCAAACCAACUCUACCAAAGACCUAAUCCUACUCCAUGAUUCAUCGAUAACUCCAAAGUCCCUUCGAGGUUUAAGAGCCGCCGGUUGGAAAACCAGACUAAUACAACCCAUCAAAAGCCCUUUUGCAAGAAAAGGAUCCUACAAUGAGUGGAACUAUAGCAAACUUAGAAUUUGGCAACUGACAGAUUAUGAUAAAAUUAUUUUUAUAGAUUCAGAUAUCGUCGUCCUCAAGAACAUGGACAAGUUAUUUACUUUUCCGCAAUUAUCAGCUUCUGGAAAUGAUAAAACGUUGUUUAAUUCUGGGGUUAUGGUGGUAGAGCCAUCGAAAUGCAUAUUUGAAGACUUGAUGUUGAAGAGUAGGAAAUUAGCUUCAUAUAAUGGAGGUGAUCAAGGAUUUCUUAAUGAAGCAUUUACAUGGUGGCAUCGAUUGCCUUCAAGAAUGAACUAUCUUAAGAGUUUUGGAGGAGGAAGAAACCCAAAUCAUGAAAUUCCAGAACAAAUUUAUGCUAUGCAUUUAUUAGGGUUGAAGCCAUGGAUGUGUUAUAAAGACUAUGAUUGUAACUGGGAUAUGAAAGAUCGUCACGUAUUUGCUAGUGACUCUGCACAUAAAAGGUGGUGGCAAGUUUAUGAAGCUAUGCCAAAGAAAUUGCAUAAGUAUUGUGAGCUUACAAAGCAAAUGGAUGCAAGAAUUAGGAAAUGGAGAGGGAUAGCUAAGAAAUUAGGUUUAGCUGAUGGGCAUUGGAAGAUUAAUCCUAGAGAUCCUAGACAACAUCAUUUUGUUGAAUGAUUAAUAUUCAUUAAUUAUAGAAAUAGCAUCCUUAAUUA